UUCGCCGUAAUCCCGUCGCCAGUCGUCACGCAGGCGAUGGCCGCGGCCGGUGCCGACGCGAUCUGCAUCGAUUUAGAGCACGGGCCCAUCGACUACAAGGACGCGCAGGCCAUGGUCGCGAGCGUCCGGGGAAGCGACUGCGCGCCCGUCGUGCGCGUGCCGUCCAUCGAGCCGCUGAGCGUGAAGCGCGCGCUCGACCUCGGCGCCGAGGGCGUCGUCUUCCCGCUGGCGUGCACCGCCGCGGACGUGGAGCGCGCCGUGCGGACGCUCCACUACCCGCCGCGGGGCGACCGCGGCUUCGGUCCUUUUGUGGCCGCGUCCGCGAAGGGCUUCGAGUUCGCGGAGGCGGCGGCGCACUACGAACGGAACCCGCCGCUCUGCGUCGUCCUCAUCGAGACGGCGGAGGCCGUGGACAACAUCGACGCGAUCUUGGCCGUCGAGGGCGUCGACGCCUUCCAGCUCGCGCAGUUCGACCUGUCGACGGCGCUUGGCGCCUCGGGCCGAUUCGACGACCCGGGCUUCCUCGCGGCGGAGAGGCGCGUGGAGGAGGCGGCGUUUGCCCGCGGCGUCCCCCUCGGCGCCGUCGCGCUGACCGCGGACCGCGCGGCGGAGCUCCACGCGCGCGGCUACGCGCUCACCGUCGGCUUCGACGUGCACUGGCUCAAGGCGGGCGUCGCCGCGGCC